GCACACCGCUCUAACCACUGGGCUUGUUCUUUGUUUUACCUAUAUAAAGAUUCUAAUCAUGGACCAACAAACAAAAAAAUACGUAGCGUGAUACUUCAUGUGUAUAUGACACUAUGAGAUGUAUAACCUUUUGUCUGCAUCUGUGCUGAUCAAUAUAUGUCCACUUUAAAUCCUUGAUUCACCAACUAUGAGAUCAACAAUGUGUCAAGUGCUGCUCCGAAGCUCAGCAGUUUUUCCGGAAAUAACUCGACUUUCCUGUUGUUCUUGAAAAUUCAACAGAUGAUAUAAUGGCAUUCGGUAAAAACAACUGUUCCUGUUUCGGGGAUUAUUGUGUUUAACAGAUGGCUUUGUAAAGAUCCCUGUGCUUAUGAGAUGGAGGAGGCGUACACAGAGCUGUACAGGGAAUUCCUCCAACUGCGCUUGCUGUGUCUGAAGCAGGCUGCUUUACUCAAGAAACUCACAGAGAAACUGAGGACACAGCAAGGAGGAGCCCCUGUUCCUGAUGGAGACUCCAGCGUAAUGGCAUCAAUCCCAAUCCAGUUCACCAAGAAGAGCUCUGGUGCUCUCCCUGCAUGGCCAGAAACCCCAAUGGUCCCAACACACAACCCUGCUGCACACUAUGGCAUUAUAAGGCCAUCUGGGGCCAUGGGGUCACUCACUAAUCUACUGGCGGGGGAUUUGGGCAGACUACGGCUGGACUUUGCUCAUCCAGGGACAGAAAGGAAGGAGGUCCUUAAAGCCACCCCCCUAGGACAUUUGGACCUACCUUGGGGUAAUAGAGAGAUGGCACCCUCCAGUGUCUCUGGGGACUUGAAGGAAGCAGGUCGAUUUUGGGGUGAUGAUAUGACCCGACAAAUGUUCAGGAUGCCCUCGGCAUGUGGCUCCUUCCUGGACAGUGAGUUUCUGAGCCAGACCGGGGAGAUGAUGCUGAUGUCAGAGGUGGCGCUGCAGUCUCAUGUGUGUGACUUCUGUAAUGCUGUAUUCCCCGGCCACACCACCACCAGGGGGGACUUCAUGUGCCACCUCCACACACACAUCACCUAGAACAUUAUUUCUCAACCAGGGGUACUUGGCUUAUCCACAUGGGGUACUUGAGAAGACCGAUGAGACCAUAGGCUUACUGGUAAAAUGCACAUGAGGGGGUAAUUCAGGGGUACUCCAGGCAGAGCAAAAAACUGUUUGUGUUACAGUAACCGAAAAUAGUUGGGAACCACUGACGUAGAACACUGCUUCCCUGCACCACCUCCAUCACACACACAUCACCUAGAACACUAGUUCCCUGCACCGACUCCACACACAUCACCUAGAACACUGGGUUCCCCCAUAACAUCUCCACACACACAUAAUCUAGAACCCUAUUCCCCAUAACAUUGUUUCUGCAUCACCUAGAGUAGUGGUUUCCCCAUAGCAUUGUUUCUGCAUCACCUAGAGUAGUGGUUUCCCCAUAAUGUUGCCUCUGCAUCACCUAGAGCAGUGGUUUCCCCAUAACAUAGUUUCUGCAUCACCUAGAGUAGUGGUUUCCCCAUAAUGUUGCCUCUGCAUCACCUAGAGCAGUGGUUUCCCCAUAAUAUUGUUUCUGCAUCACCUAGAGUAGUGGUUUCCCCAUAAUAUUGUUUCUGCAUCACCUAGAGCAGUGGUUUCCCCAUAAUAUUGUUUCUGCAUCACCUAGAGUAGUGGUUUCCCCAUAAUAUUGUUUCUGCAUCACCUAGAGUAGUGGUUUCCCCAUAAUAUUGUUUCUGCAUCACCUAGAGCAGUGGUUUCCCCAUAAUAUUGUUUCUGCAUCACCUAGAGUAGUGGUUUCCCCAUAAUAUUGUUUCUGCAUCACCUAGAGCAGUGGUUUCCCCAUAAUAUUGUUUCUGCAUCACCUAGAGUAGUGGUUUCCCCAUAAUAUUGUUUCUGCAUCACCUAGAGCAGUGGUUUCCCCAUAAUAUUGUUUCUGCAUCACCUAGAGUAGUGGUUUCCCCAUAAUAUUGUUUCUGCAUCACCUAGAGCAGUGGUUUCCCCAUAAUAUUGUUUCUGCAUCACCUAGAGCAGUGGUUUCCCCAUAAUAUUGUUUCUGCAUCACCUAGAGUAGUGGUUUCCCCAUAAUAUUGUUUCUGCAUCACCUAGAGCAGUGGUUUCCCCAUAAUAUUGUUUCUGCAUCACCUAGAGCAGUGGUUUCCCCAUAAUAUUGUUUCUGCAUCACCUAGAGUAGUGGUUUCCCCAUAAUAUUGUUUCUGCAUCACCUAGAGUAGUGGUUUCCCCUUAAAGUUGUUUCUGCAUUGUGACCUACCUGCCACCUCCACACACAUCACCUAGACCAUUUAUGAGAUUUGCUUGUUUUCCCCAAGAAAUGUGUUAUUGAUUUCAAUGAAAAUGCUUCUUACCACGUAUAUGUACUGAUUAAACAGUCUGUUUUCUAUGAAACUGAGAAAUGUACAUACACCGCUUAUGAAGUACCACUGUUUUCUUAUAGCACUAGAGGGCAGUAACAACAUACGGUAGGCUACAUCAUGGGAUUUGUCUCAGUUAUCUCGUUAUUACUGGCACUGUUUUAUUACUAGUAAUAAUAAAAGGACAUAUAGUCAUUGAUAAACAGCUACACAAUCCAUUAUAAUGUUACACAUAAUAUACGUAUAAACAUAGAAAUAUACUUGUAUAUUUAUCCUAUCGUUGCUUUCGAAUGAAAACCUCGUAACUUCGUAACCAUUCAUUUUUUCCGUUGUGCGUUGACAUUUUUACAUGCAUCGACUCUAGGGCAAAGGAAAUGUAUUCAAAAUAGCUUCUGAAGUUUCUUAAUUGUAUGUUUGCUAAUGGUAAAGUAUGGCUGUUUUCUGUUUUGGAGGUAAGAGGUUUUUUCAUCCAACACAGACACUAUGUAGGUAAAAUUUCUGUCAUGAUUCUCUCUGUUGAAUGUAGAGCUGAAAUGAUUAAUAAAUUAGGCCAAUUAAUCAAAUAAUA